AUGAAAUACGAGGAAUGUCGAAGAACGAACUUUAGUGAAGAUGAAGCAAUGCGAUGUUUCACCGAAAAUUUCGGAAGUUUUUACGAUGUUUGCACUGAUCAGUGCUAUAUUGAUAUGAGAUUAACAACACUUUUUCACAACAAUCAACUUGAGAAUGCCGUCUAUGGACUGUUAUUUCCUAUUCUGGUAAUAUUUGUUGUGGUUGCGAAUGCACUAAUUGUUAUCGUCUUAUCUAAGAAACAUAUGAUAACUCCCACAAAUGUCGUACUAAAGUAUAUGGCAAUAGCUGAUUUAUGCGUUGGACUUGUUCCUCUUCCAUGGACGUUUUUUUAUCAUACAUUAAAAUAUAAUUUGUAUGAGGAUCAACUGCAAUUAUGGUGGUGUUACAUGUAUAAAUAUUGUAUGGAUGCUGUUCCACCUGUAUGCCAUAAUAUCGCAAUGUGGUUAACCGUACUUUUAGCUGGUCAAAGGUAUAUAUUCGUGGAAUAUCCGAUAUUAUCGCGAAAGCUGUGCAGCGUUCACAAUGUGCGAGUAUCCACAUUAAUUAUUACAAUAGUUUCAUUACUGUGUGGCUUACCUAAAUCAUUAGAUUAUUAUUACGAUGUAUACGAAGGAUGGGCAUAUUUCCCGCACGGUGAAUUAAAGAGUUGUCUAUAUGAUUUUACAGCUUUGGUUCGAUUUAUAGGACCGAAUAAUUUUUUCAAUUUUUACUUUUGGACUCGCGUCUUGGGUUUUAUUAUUCUUCCAUCGUUACUGCUUAUUAUUUUAAAUUUUUUAUUAAUAAGAGGUUUAAGAAAGGCACAAAAAAGAAAACAAAGAUUGCUUAGAGAAAAACGAGCCAGGGAAGCUCAGAGCCAAAUCGAUGGUAGUUCAACAAGUUUAAUGCUAGUCGUUAUCGUCAGUAUUUUUUUGAUUGUAAAUUUGCCUCAGGCAAUUUUUAUUGGCCUUCUCUGUGUUUGUACUACAUUUGGCGUAUCUAUGAAACUUUUUGAAGGCAUUUUUCCAGCUGCAUUUUUGCUUGCGAAUAAUAUGCUUGUAAUGGCAACUUAUCCAGUAAAUUUUGGAAUUUACUGUUUUAUGUCAAGCAGCUUCCGGCGUACUUUUAGUAAUAUAUUUUGCAGGUAA